UCUCUAGCUAGUAUUCUCUCCAUUAGCUUAGUUUCAAAACAAGUAAUAAUAACAUCAAUAAUUGCUUCCAAUCAAAAAACUACAAUAAUUACUUUUUGUUAUUCUCUUGUGUGUUGAUUACAUUUUCUUUUCAUGAUGAUGAGGUCUAGAGCUAUCACUAGCAAACUUUAUACUUCAUGCCUUUUAGCAACUUCUAAAUCAUUCCUCACAUCUUCUGUCCCUCCACUUCUAGCUAAAACUAAAACUUCUCAUGGCUCUAUCAUCCCUCAAUUUCAAGGCUACAAGAACAGUUUUCUUUUCCCAAGAGCAUACUGGUCUGCCUCUUCAGCUUUAUUGGAUGAGGAAGUGAGAGGUAGAUGUGCUACUGGAUUACUCAAAGCUGUUGAGGAUCAACAUGGAGGAGUUAUUAUAAACAUUGAGGAACCUAUGGAUUCUUUUGAUUUUGCUUCUAUGUUAGAUGCUUCAUUAUCACAAUGGAGGAUACAGGGAAAGAAGGGAGUGUGGAUCAAAUUGCCUAGAGAACACUCAAAUCUUGUGGCUUCUGCUGUUGAGGCUGGAUUCAAAUACCAUCAUGCUGAACCAGAUCACUUGAUGCUUGUAUAUUGGAUUCCCAACACUCCUGAUACCAUUCCUGCAAAUGCUUCUCACCGCAUUUCUAUCGGUGCUUUUGUAGUCAAUGCCAAUAUGGAGGUCCUUGUGGUUCAGGAAAAAAACGGUAGAUUCAGUGGUAAAGGAAUAUGGAAAUUGCCUACUGGAGCUGUUAAUGAGGGUGAGGAUGUUUGUGCUGCUGCAAUCAGAGAAGUCAAAGAAGAGACAGGAAUAGAAACUGAGUUUGUUGAAGUUUUAGCAUUCAGAGAAAGACAUAAAUGUUUCUUCCAAAAAUCAGAGAUACUAUUUGUAUGCAUGUUGAAACCUCGUUCAUUUAACAUUCAGAGCCAAGUUUCAGAGAUUGAGGCAGCUCAGUGGAUGGCAAUUGAGGAUUAUGUAGCUCAACCUUUUGUGCAACAAAAUGAACUAUUUGACUUUCUUACAAAAGUAGGUUUAUCAAAGUUGGAAGGAAAGUACUCAGGCUUUUCUACCAUGCUUACUAGCACUUCCUCUUGCAAGUCCCAUGUGUACAUCAACACAAAAGAUUCUUCCCAUUUGUUAACUUCCAAGAUUGGUGAAUCUUGAACUUGGCACACCUAUUUAAUUUGAUUUAAUUACAAAGGGUUAUAGCAUUGUACAGAAAUUUCAAACAUACUUCCACAGUUGCCUGAAAUCAGGUCAUUGUUCAAUUCCAAAGCAUAGGAAGAUUGGAAUAAAGUUGUCAAUUUUUUUAUUCGUUCAUUUCAUUCAAGUCUUUCAUUCUUUUGUAAUUUGUAGAUGAAUAAUAAUUUGUUGGUUUAGUUCUUCAAUACAUUA